AUGGACGUCACAGCAACCGCCCGCCCCGCCCAUCACAACCUGACCUGGACAGUCAAGUCAAGCAGCCAGCCUUACUCCACGACCACGAUACGAUACGGCUCGACACGAUACGCGCCCCCGAAGCCGCGGCAGACACUGCUUCUAGUCACCAGCCUCUUCGUCGUCCUCAACGAGAAACGAGAAACGAGAGGGACACCCGGUUGCGAUUCUUCACCAAGGCGUUCCUCGGUCCGUCUGCGUCGUGCCUGGCAACAACAGCCAACCAACCUCCCACCACCUCAGUCGGUCUGUGCCUGCGCCUGUGCCUGUGCCUUGCAUCGCGUCCGUCCUUCGCCGUCUGUCACCGCCGUCUUCGCCCCUGCCGCUGCCGCCAUGUCCAACACCGACUUCCUCGGCCGCGCCAUCGACACGGUGCGCCGCGCCAUCGACGCCGACAAUGGCAACCAGUACGACAAGGCCUACCAGCUCUACUACCAGUCCCUCGAGCUGUUCAUGCUGGCCCUCAAGUGGGAGAAGAACCCAAAGUCCAAGGAGAUGAUCCGCUCCAAGACGGCCGAGUACAUGGACCGUGCCGAGAAGCUCAAGGCCCACCUGUCCGACGCCGAGGCCAAGCGCAAGAAACCCGGCAUGGUGGGUGCUAACGGCUCCAGCACGGGCGGCACUGGCAAGGGCAAGCAGGACGGCGAGGGCGGCGAGGUCGACGAGGACAGCAAGAAGCUGCGCAACGCCCUGUCCGGCGCCAUCCUGCAGGACCGCCCCAACGUCAAGUGGGAGGACGUCGCAGGUCUCGACGGCGCCAAGGAGGCUCUCAAGGAGGCAGUCCUGCUGCCCAUCAAGUUCCCGCAUCUGUUCCAGGGGAAGCGCAAGCCCUGGAAGGGUAUCCUGCUUUACGGGCCCCCCGGUACCGGAAAGAGUUAUCUGGCCAAGGCCGUCGCGACAGAGGCAAACAGUACCUUUUUCAGUGUCUCGAGUUCCGAUCUGGUGAGCAAGUGGAUGGGUGAGAGUGAAAGGCUAGUAAAGCAGCUAUUUGCCAUGGCCCGCGAAAACAAGCCCUCCAUCGUCUUCAUCGACGAAAUCGACGCCCUCUGCGGCCCCCGAGGCGAAGGAGAGUCCGAGGCAUCCCGAAGAAUCAAGACGGAAAUGCUUGUACAGAUGGACGGUGUAGGCAAUGACUCGACUGGUGUGCUGGUGCUCGGUGCGACGAACAUCCCCUGGCAGCUCGAUGCCGCCAUUCGACGACGUUUCCAGAGGCGAGUGCACAUCAGUCUGCCCGAUGUUUCGGCACGGACAACCAUGUUCAAGAUUGCCAUUGGAGAGACGCCCACGACGCUCAAAAAUGAAGACUACAAGGAAUUGGCGAAACUGGCUGAGGGAUACUCGGGCAGUGAUAUCACCAUCGCUGUCCAGGAUGCGCUCAUGCAACCAGUUCGAAAGAUUCAACAAGCUACGCAUUUCAAGGAGGUACAAAAAGAUGGCCAGACCCGCGUAACGCCGUGUUCACCAGGCGACCCGGGGGCUAAGGAGAUGACGUGGGACGAGAUCGAGUCGGAACAACUGCUCGAACCCUUGGUCGACUUCAAGGAUUUCGUCAAAGCCAUCAAGGGCUCGCGGCCAACAGUCUCGGGCGAGGAUCUGACGAGGAAUCAAGACUGGACCAAGGAGUUUGGCAGCGAAGGAAACUAG